UUGUGGUAGGGCAGCACCUUGUGUGGCUGCAUGCUUCAUCUGUUAAUUAAAAGGUUUGGGAAGCAAAAGGACUCACAUUGUCCCACUGUAAACACUAGUACUCUAGAGUAUUGGAAUCUCCUGGAAUUAGUAUUGAUCUGUGUCCAGAGUGUUGAGAGUGGAUCUACGUGAGACGUCUAUCAGGCCUGGGCCGACCCCAUUCUACUGCUCUGCCCCUGGGCCAUGGUACAUCAGAGUGUAGCAGCUACAAUAUGAGUGUAACUUCAUCCACCACCCUGGACAGCCAACUGGCCGCUACCUGGGGCCCUACAGACCCCUACCCUGAUGUGCCGAUGGUGAUGUCUGGUUAUACAAGUCGCCUGUGGCCUCGUGACUCCCAGCCACAGUUCUGGAGUAAGUACCAGGUGUGGGAGUGGCUGCAGCAGGUCAUGGACAUGCACCAGAUGGAUGCCUCCAGCAUUCCCUUCCAAAACUUUGAUAUGGACGGCCAACAGCUCUGCAGCCUGAGCUACCAGGACUUCAUCCGUGCUGCUGGCAGCGUGGGACCCAUUCUUUUCCACAGCAUCACAGAGCUCAAGUGGAGCGGGCAGUACCAUGUGGAAAUAGGACAACUGGAACUCAAACCAGAAUUUGACUUCUCCUGUCCAUUUCCAGAUGUCAGCUAUCCAGCUGGAGAAAUCUAUGAUCCCUCAAUUCAUCCCCUUGCUCCUGUUGCCUCCCCCACCCCCUCUAGCCCUGAUAUCAAAAGGUCUUUCAGUCGUCAGGUCAAAAAACACAACCCGAGGGGGACCCAUUUGUGGGAGUUCAUCAGAGACAUUUUGCUGAACCCAGAGCGAAACCCAGGGCUAAUCAAGUGGGAGGAUCGGACGGAGGGGGUUUUCCGCUUCCUUAAGUCAGAGGCAGUGGCACAGUUAUGGGGCAAGAAGAAGAAUAACAGCAGCAUGACCUACGAGAAACUAAGCCGUGCAAUGAGAUAUUACUACAAAAGAGAAAUCCUAGAGCGAGUCGAUGGGCGCAGACUGGUUUACAAGUUUGGAAGGAAUGCAAGAGGCUGGAGGGAGUCAGACAAGUGACUAUUUCAUUAAUUUAUGUUUUCUUGGAUGUUGAAUGCAAAUGUGAUGUUUUAUUGUUGUUUUCGUUCACCGUGUUUCAGAAAAUAUAUGUUUGAACUGUUUACACAUUGUUGGUUAUAAAUAUGUUUGUAUUGUUUUUUUUCUCUUUAAAUCCAUUCGUUUGUUGUGACACUGCACUGAGACGUUCUGUACUGUUCCUUAAUAAAACUCUUGCUUACUGUGCGAGCAUGACAGCAGUCAAACCUCAAACACAGCUGUUUAUGUAAGAUCUUACUGACAAAAAGGACAUCAAAAACUGCCAAAAGAUAAUGUAAAACAUUGUGAAUCCUGUUUUUCUUGUUGUUUUUUUCCCAGAUACUACAAGUCCCAAAGGAGCACAUGUUGAUAGAAUUGAAAGCACAUGUUGCAAAUGCUGAUGUAUGUUUUGACACUGAUACUGUGAAGUGUCCUUUGGUAGGGAAAUCACUGCAGAAAAACAUAACAACAUUAGAUAAUAUUUAAAAAACAAAAAAAUCCAUAAGCACAAUGCAGCAAUGAAGUAAAAGAAUGCAUAAACAAAUGAUAAAUAUUUAACAUGAGAUAUAUUUGUUUUAUUUGGUUCAUUUCAUACUUUGCAUUCAUUGAGCUGUAAAAAAAUGUAAAUGUUUGUUGAUGUUUGACACAAAUAAAGCUUUUCAUUGUUUUUAUUUUA